AUGACUUCUUUGCAAGGUACCACUGUCCUCGUGACCGGUGCAGCUGGCGGCCUGGGCAAAGUCAUCGCCGCCACGUACCUCGAAGCAGGCGCCAAUGUCGCAAUCUGCGACAUCAAUGAAGCCCGUCUAUCUGCCACCAAGGAGGAGUUUGAGCCCACCGGCCGGUUCGCCGCCUUCAAGACGGACAUCACAGACGAGGCCGCUGUAACGUCGCUUGUCUCAGACGUCGUCUCCAAGUUCGGCCGUCUGGACAUCCUGGUCAACAACGCCGGCCUCAUGGACGUGUUCGACCCCGUUGGCGAGCUGAAGAAGGAGACAUGGGACAAGCUCCUAAACGUCAACCUGACGGGGAGCUUCCUCUGCAUGAAGGCAGCGGUCAACACGUUCCAGAAGCAGGAACCCAGGGGCGGUACUAUCAUCCAGAUCGGCAGCAACGCCUCGUACAUGGGCUUCUGCGCGGGCACGGCAUACACCGUCAGCAAGCACGGCGUGGCGGCGCUGGUCAAGAGCACCGCUGGGUUCUAUGGGGACGAGGGCAUCUACGCCAUUGGGCUCAUGCUGGGAGGUAUGAUCGACACCAACAUUGCCGAGAGCGUUGGCGGGCUGGGCGGCUUUAACCAGGCAGGAUACGGGAAGACGGCGGCGGAUUCCCCGUUCAAACCCGAGUCCGCAGUCCAGUUGAAGGACGUUGCCAAGUACUGUAUCUUCCUCGCCGAUAGGUCCAUCGCAGCGACGGCAAACGGCAGUUGCGUACCGUUCAACAAGAAUUGGCCGAAGGCGUAG